UCACCAAAAGAAAGGGCAAAGAGAAGGGGAGCCUCUAUGAGCACUGGCGGCGGAGGAGAGAAGGUCGGCGGCGGAGGGAGCGGGUCGGCGAAGACGCCGUCGGACUUUCUCAAGUCAAUCCGAGGCCGUCCCGUCGUCGUCAAGCUCAACUCGGGGGUCGAUUACCGAGGUAUUCUAGCGUGUCUGGAUGGAUAUAUGAAUAUUGCAAUGGAGCAAACAGAGGAGUAUGUCAAUGGUCAGCUGAAAAACAAGUAUGGGGAUGCUUUCAUCAGAGGAAAUAAUGUUCUAUACAUCAGCACUUCAAAAAGGACUAUUGCUGAUGGUGGUUGACAGUUACUUUGCAGUCUCACUUUUGUCUGUGUUGUUUUUUUUAUCAGACCACGUGACUCGAUCUAUGUUUCUCUUGUUUAAAUGGCCGAGAAAAUUCAAAAAAUUGUAGUUCUAUGAUCCCACUGAACGGAUAUGGUUUAGCACGAUAGAUUGCUAUUUUUCA